AUGACCGUUGGGCGGGUCGAGCGGUGGGCGAGCGCGUGGAAGCUGGUCGAUUCGAUGUCACACACGAAAAAGCAUCCAAGGCACAGAACACCCGAUGCCCUCUCCAUUACACAAAUUGUCAUCGAGUCUGUGAGGCGGCCUCUCAUGCGACAAAGACUAACCGCAGAACGACCGAGCGUCGGUUGCUCACUCAGGCCUCCCCAGUUCGUCACACCAAUGUCGGCGUAUUUUCGUAAACGGAUGCCACAAGCGGCAUGA